CCCUUGCUGGCCGCGCCCCUCAAGAGCCCGGAGGCCGGGAGCUGGCGCCCACAGGGUCCCCAGAGAGAGAAGACUUCGUCUCAAGUUUUCCUAGCGCUUCCUCGUCCCCACCGCGACUGGCGUCCCAGGCUCUCUGUGGCCCUUCCAACUUUCAAAAACCGCCCCCUUCUGGACCGCCGAGGGCCCUAAGACGCCCCUCAACUGCCCUGCCCCCUAAAAUCUCUUUGAUUCUCCAGCUGUCCCCCAGGCCCGCAGGACCCCUCCGAUGGCCAGGUCGUACGGCGGCCGGGUGCUGGCCGCGAUGGUCUUGUUGGGCAUCCCCGCGGCGGUGCUGGCGGCGCUGGGCGCGCAGCUGCUGUUCCAGCUGCAGGCGGGCCGCGCGGAGCUUCGAGGACCGCGAAUCGACGGGCUGGGCCCGGAGCUGGGCGCCGGCCCCCGGCUGCCGGAGGACGCGGCCGGGGCGCUGCUGCCGCUGGCCGCCGCACUCUCCGCGCUGGCCCUGGUGCUGGGCCUCACCUGCCUGCUGCUCGCUGCGCUCUGCGGCCACCUGGGCGCCGAGAUGGCGCGGGGACCAGGCUCUAACAGGUCUGACUGGUUUCUCUAUGACUGCCGCCUCCUCAGACAUGUGGCUCUCGGCCUCUUCUGUUGCGGGGUCUCCGUCUACUUGGCAGCACUGUCCAUCUACGCCCUGCUGCUCUUCGAGAUCGAGACAGGUGCAGCAGCUGCCUCCAUCCUUGGCUUGGGCGCUCUCGUCCUGGUGGCAGCACUGACCCAGACUCUGCUCCAGGCCGCCCGGACCACCCGCCGGGGCCUCCAUGAACUGUCCCCACCACACUUUGAAGAUGACCCUGUCCGCCCUGCUGAAGUCUCCAAGGCCGGCCCCAGGGCUCAGCCCCAGCAGGGUAUUCAUCACUGGACUCUCUACUCAUCCUUCCCUAAACUGGGGGACUCCCUCAGACCCAUGGUCACUGACACAGCACCAGCAGUCAUGGGAGGAGGCCGGGAGAGCGGCCUGCCUGCAUCCCGCAUGCACCGGACACUGUCUGCCAGUGAGGGGCGCUGGGGAGAGGUCACACAUGAGAUGCACAGCAUCCUGGGCCACAGGCCAGGGGGUUCAGGGAAGGACUCCACCUUGGUGUGAGCCCGAGGAUCAGGGAUAGAGACCGAGUGUCAGGCAGCAGGAAGAGGACUCUUGUAGAGAUAGCUCCAGGCUCAACCACAGUAGCAGUACAACUUGAUUUCUCUCUCAGUUCACGGCAUCUCUGCGUUUUGUCCUCAAGGUUGCCUCGUGGCACAGAAUGGCUGCUGGGGGUCCAACCUUCACCUCCUCACUCAGAGAGAAAGGCAGAGGCCAGGACUGACUCAGGAGCUUUUGGGAGUCUUCCUGGGAGGCCUUGGGACUCUUCUGGUUAUACAUUACUGGCCAGAACAGUCAUGUGGCCACACUUCAAUAUAGAGGAGACAAGGAAAUGCAGCUGCCCAGAAUGAAUAAAAUUCUGUUCUAGGCAGGAGGGGGAGGGGAGAGCUUAGACAGUGGUUCUCUAAACAUCUCCAUCCGUUUUACAGAUGAGGAAACCGAGGCCCAGAGAGAGGCAGUGACUCACCAAGGCUCCCACGGCCAGUACUGAGCAUCAGAGCUUGGAUUCGAACCUGGGUCCUGUAGCCUCCAUGCUGCAGAUAGUGCAAGCCUCAGACUCUGCGACUCCUUCCGGGCUGUGAGCAUUUGAAACCUGCAUGUGCCAAGCUCAGAGCAGCCCUGGGCCACGGAUGCUCCUGGAGACCUGGACCCAGACUCCUGGCUGUGGGCCUGUGGCUGAGGGCUUCACCACUCUGUGGCUCAGUUUCCUGGCCUGUAAAAUGGGAACAGAAAUGGUUCCUUCUUCUAGGGCUCCCGUGAGACACUACAUGAGUCACUCCCGGGGCCUGUGCACAGCAGGUCCUCAAUGCUUGUCAAGCUGUGCUUCUGUUAGUUGGAGUGCCUGGUGGCAAGAAAAUGUGGGUUGAUGGCUGGUUUCUCGGACCCUUGGAACUUACGGGGCUUGGUGGAUAACUCAGAGCCCCAGGGGUCUCCAGAGGUCCCAUUCCCAUCCCUGUCCUGCACUACCUGAAAAUAAAUUCCAUGUCACUAUCUCCAUGUCACUUGAGCCACAACCAAACGUGCUGCAUGGCCAAGUUAGGUCCAGGAUGAAGGGUGCACUGGAAGGAGUGGGGGUGUGGAGGGCAAAAGUUGGGGGACAGAGAGUGUACCCCUUGUAGGGCCAAGUCUGGGAUCCAUUUCCCACAAAUCUUCAUGCAUAUAAAUAUCACAGGGAAUGGGGAUGCCCUGGUUUCUGCCCCCACUCCAAAUGGACUAAUGUCCUCAGCAAUAUCCCAGCCUGUCCAUCCCUUCCUAGGCCACCUAGGGCCACCUAAUGGAGGAAGCUCAGCCACACAGUGGCUUGAAGACCCCAGGACCUGUCCCCAUAGUCAGAGAGGUGGCAGCGCCCAGCAGCCUUGGGGGAGGCUGGUCCCCAGCCAAUGAUCAGCGAGAGACUUGGAUGCCCCACUCCCCUCGGCUACAUCCUUCCUGAGCCCCCUGGGAGCCUACACAAACCUCCUCCUCCUAUAUGGCACCUGUCGCAGGGGGUAUCCAGAAAGCAAAGGCUUGUGGUGUGCAUGAAAAUAUCAAUGGAAGAGGAUAAAGUUAGAACAAAUGUCAAACUUCCCUGGUGGUCCAGUGGUUAAGAACCUGCCUUCCAAUGCAGGGGAUGCCUGCAUGCCAUGGGGCUACUAAGCGGCAACUAGAGAGCCUGCAGGUAGCACCUACUGAGCCGCCCAGCUCUACAGCCUGCGCACCGCAACCAAGACAGUGCAGGCAAAAAAAAAAAAAAAGCAUGUCAUGUCACAUGCCUGGUACUGCAGACACGCACCAUGUACUUCCUGGCUUUAGUUACUUAGGACAAUCCCACUCACUGAUGGGGAAACAGAGGCCGGAAGAGCAAGGUCACUUAUGUGAGACCACACAGCAGUGGUGAUGGCUAGAACCCCAUAACCUCGUCACAUAGGAUCCAGGACAGAGCACAUGCCCGGGAAACAUUGGAGACUCCAGUUUUCUGAGAGCUCUCUGGAAUGGGGCAGGCCCUGGGGACUCUGAAGAGGGGGAAGAGAGUUGAGGAGGAAGGACCCCAGGUGGCUAUGGGUGAGGAGUGCCUCAUCUCCUGGACUGGUCAGGAGAAUUAGAAGUUGAACUUCUAAGGCCUCGUGCCCAAGGCCAGGACUAGGGUAGAUGGACAAAAGUUAAGCCGGCUCAAAAGAAUUGAAAACAAGUGUUCAAACAAAUCCUUGUAUAUAUGUGCUCAUUCUAGUCAUAAUCACCAAAAGAUGGAAACAACACAAUUGUCCAUCAACAGAUGAAUGAAUAAACAAAAAGUGGUGCAUACGA